AGUACGCCAAAAUGGCGGCUUCAGGAGCCGUUGAAACUCGUGUGUUAACAUACACGAUCCACAAAUGUUCCAGCUAUUCUGCAAACUAUUUGCCCACGAAUAUUUUGGAGGACAAACCGAAUGACCAGUCUUCGAGAUGGUCUUCCGAUAGCAACUACCCUCCGCAGUUUCUUAUACUGAAAUUGGAGAAGCCAGCUAUUGUUAUGACUAUCACAUUUGGAAAGUAUGAGAAGACCCAUGUAUGCAAUCUCAGGAAGUUUAAGAUUUAUGGUGGACUGAAUGAUGAACACAUGACUGAGUUGUUGCAAAGCGGUCUAAGAAAUGAUCACAUUAAAGAGGCAUUUGAGCUUCAGCAUGAACUGGAUGGCAAAAUGUUCCCUUGUCAAUUUAUAAAGAUAGUUCCAAUCAUGUCAUGGGGACCCAGUUUUAACUUCAGUAUUUGGUUUGUGGAGCUUUCGGGAGUGGAUGAUCCAGAGAUUGUUCAGCCAAGUCUUACAUGGUUUAAUACUUAUCGUGAAAGAGAAGCCAUACGUCUUUGCUUGAAACAUUUUCGACAGCACAACUAUGCAGAAGCUUUUGAAUCCUUGCAGAAAAGAACAAAAAUUAAUCUUGAGCACCCCAUGCUGACAGAACUCCAUCAGAAACUGGUGAUAGAUAAUGACUUCGAUGGAUGUGAAAAAAUCAUAGAACAAGCUUCAAAUGAUGCUAUUUUUAGUCAUUAUAUCAGUCAGCAAGAUUACAAACCCAAGUGGAAAGCGAUAAUUCCUCUUGCUGCUCAAAAUGAUGAUAGCAGUAGUUCACGGCCGGGUAUGAGAGGUGGGCAUCAGAUGUCAAUUGACAUGGAAUCUCAGGUGAUUUACCUGCUUGGUGGCUGGGAUGGGAUGGUGGACCUGGCUGAUUUCUGGUCAUUUACUGUGGAGUCUUCUCAAUGGACAUGUCUGUCACGUGAUACAGAGCAGGAAGGUGGACCAUGUGCCAGGUCUUGUCACAAGAUGUGUCUGGACGGCAAGAGAAAGUUGAUAUAUACUUUGGGAAGAUACUUAGACUCAGGAAUGAGAAAUGUAACACCACUUAAGCUCAAGUGGAGACGAGAGAGCACAGGAAACCCUAUUUAGCGGACUGUACUCGUACAACUGUCAAACAAAUACCUGGAAUAAACUCAAGGACGACUGUCCUGAGCUGCGAUCAAGGAUAGGACACUCAAUGUUAUUUCAUCCAGAGAAAAGACUUCUAUAUAUUUUCGCUGGACAAAGAGGAAGAGAAUUUUUAAGUGACUUUAUAACGUACAAUGUGGACACCCAUGAAAUAUCAUUUAUAUACGAUGGAAGCAAAAAAGAAUCGGAUCAAGUUCCUGCAGCAGGUUUUACUCAGAGAGCAACAAUUGAUCCUGGACUUAACGAAAUUCACGUAUUAUCUGGUCUCAGUAAGGACAAGGAAAAACGUGAAGAAACAGUCAGGAAUUCUUUUUGGGUAUACGAUAUGGAACGAAAGUCGUGGUCUUGUGUUUACAAGAAUGAGAACAUGGGUCAGCAGUACUGGACCAAGAUGCAGAAUGUAGAGCCUUGCCCUCGGUUCGCACAUCAGUUGGUGUAUGAUGAUAUUCAUAAAGUACAUUACCUUUUUGGAGGCAAUCCUGGAAAAUCCAGCAUACCCAAGAUGAGACUCGAUGACUUCUGGUCGCUGAAGUUGUCAAGACCUUCAAGAGAACACUUAUUAAGAAGAUGUCGAUACUUAAUUCGUAAACAAAGGUUUCAGGAGAUGGCUGCUCGUGACCCUUACGAAGCUCUUCGUUAUCUGCAGCACGAGCUCUCGGAGACAGUCGCCCAUGAUGAUCCGGAGGAGAGUCAGGAGUUUCGUCUUAUUGCAUCCAGUCUAUUUUCUCAGUCAGUCUCCACACAAGAUCGAAUGGAAACUGACGCAGACUCUCUAUCGCCGCCAUUAAAUGACGGUUUUGCUGGAAGAACUCAGUUGUUUGAUACAUUGGUGUCUUUCUUCCCUGAACACAUGACACAGCCAAAAGGAAAUCUUGUAGAUCUCAUCACUUUCUAACAUUUCGGAAUAUCCAGUGAAUAAACAGCAAUCAAGUACCACGGAAUUGAAAAAGAUCGAUGAGUAACGAGCGGCCCUUUCAAAAUAAGAAGCAAAAACUGCUUUUAACAUAUCCGUGAACAGGAUUGUUCUGCUACAUAGACUAUGGUUCUGAAACAAGUUAGAGACAGGUUACUAUUGAUCACCUGGGAGGGUGGGUGGGAGGAUUUUGAUUGUGUCUCUUAAAAUCCUCCACCCCUCCCCCUCGGCCAUUAAUAAUUACUUGUCCCUUAGGUUCAGGUCAACAAUGCAAAGCUUGUAUUUUGUAAUUAGUGUGAAGUAAAACAAAUUUUUUUCCAGGA